UAUGUGAGUGCUACAGGGAUGCCAACAUGGAAAUCCAGGGGCUUUUUGCCAUAAACAUUUUCAGCAUGGCGACACACACACUUUCACGUCGUCUGUUUGGGGGGCUGUUACUUGGUUGAUUUGUCGGGGUUCGACAACGACGAUGAAACGGUCUCGUAUGUGGGAUCGCCGCCAUAUGAACAUGAAAGUAAUUUGCCAUGGAAACCUCCGCUUUGCCUACUGGCGUAAAAUGGAAGCGAGACCGAUGAUUCGCCCUUCAUCAAACUACAACGCAGCGACUAAGACAACCUGCAUGACCGACAGAGUGGGUCACUUCGUGACGUGAACACAGACAAAGACGACAUGUUAAGUUGGUCAGUUUUGGUAAGUGCCGCUGAGAGGUGAAGUACAGAACCUGGAUGUAGAAAAUGGCGGAAGAGGAACCAACGCAGGCUCGCGGCUAACGUUAGCAGUGGCAGCUUUACGGCAGCAGCCAUCAUUGCCUGCGACGACACCACAAGCCGGGAGAAUUAGGAACAAGACAGCAGAAGGAACGCCCAGGAAUGAUAUGGUUUACUUUCCUGCUUCUUUCAGGAUGAUAGAAAGUGUGACAGUCGAUUUGGCUUGUCUGAAUGUGAGACAAAAUGAAAAGCAGAACGCUAGCGUACACUCAAGCUAGUCCUUGCGACCCCAUGGAGUUCGGAAGCGCAAAUCAUGCGAUUAUUUGCGGCUCUAACGAUCAAACUAAUGGCACCGAGUCGCUGGAUUUUAAAAAAUCGGACGACGUGGAACAUUUUGUUCGCGGCUGGUCAACCGAGGCUGGUGGUGCUAAACAAGCCAGUUAUUACCGUACAGUUGAAGACGUUGUUUUGACAAACAAAUAUGGCGAGAAGAUAUGUGGCCAGAUAUGUACCGAAAACAACCAAGACAAGGCCCGGAACGAUGAACUCAUUUGUAGAAAUCCAGACAUCGUGGAAACGUUGGACGAGUCGGAAAUAACAUUAGCUUCUACGGGGCUUCAGGACAACCUUUCUGCAAGUCCUGCGAAUGAAAGCUUCUCUGGAACCAUCAUGAUCAACAACCAAAGCAUUAUAGUCACCAUAGAAAAUGGAACUCUGACUCUCGCUGCCCCACCGGACGGAUAUGAACACAAAGAGGACGAUAUGGUCAGCCUAAAGGCGCACUUGGGUAUGAAGGACCAUGAAGAUAUUGUUCUUCUCAACUAUGAUAGUGGCACCAAAGCCAUUGGGAAGAUCAGCACUUUGGCAGUGUCAAGCUCCAGCCACCAGGACGAGAGCAGGCCUGGUCUGUCAGGAUGUGACCCUGAGCUGCCUCUGGUGGACAACACGUCUUUGGCCUUCCCGGGUAGCUCUCUUCCCUCCUGUCCCUUGGUCAAGCAGGAGGAUGGUGUGUUACAUGGCGUCAAGCAGACAAAUGUGGCCCCUCUCUCGCCCAAAACCACUACAGCAAACAAAGACUCUCAAAAUGGACAGCUGCUCAAGUCCAAGAAAGUCAUAGUUGCUUUUCCCUGCCCAGUAACCAGCUGCUCCUGUACAUUUGACACGCGACAAAAACGUAAGGUUCACCUCCUGAAUCACGCUGAAGAUCCACGCCCCUACCAGUGCACGGUGGAUGGCUGCAGCUGGGCUUUUGCCACUUCCUACAAACUCAAGCGACAUCUUCAGUCCCAUAACAAGCAGAGACCGCAUACCUGUCAGUUUGAAGGCUGCGGCAGGUGUUUCACCACAGUCUACAACCUGAAGGCUCACACCAAAGUCCAUCAGCAGGAUGAUGCCUUCAUCUGUGAGAUCUGCAGUGAGAGGUUUCGCAGUGCCACCCGACUCAGCAAUCACCAGAGAGUCCACUUUGAGCCGCAGAGGCCACACAAAUGCGAAUACCCAGGCUGUGAGAAAACGUUCAUCACCUUCAGUGCCCUUUACUCCCACAACCGCACUCACUUCCGAGAAACAGGACACUUUACCUGCACCUACCCGGGAUGCGGCAAGAUAUAUGACAAAGCGUGUCGCCUCAAGAUCCAUUUGCGAAGUCACACGGGUGAGAGGCCAUUUGUUUGUGACUCAGAAGGCUGUGGCUGGUCCUUCACAAGCAUGUCAAAAUUGCUUCGUCACAAACGAAAACAUGACGACGACCGACGCUUCAUUUGCACUGAAGAAGGUUGUGGAAAGUCCUUUACCAGAGCAGAGCACCUCAAAGGUCAUAGCAUCACUCACCUGGGCACCAAGCCGUUCCAGUGCCAUGCUGAAGGCUGCAAUGCAAAAUUUUCAGCUCGCAGCAGCCUCUACAUCCACUCCAAGAAACACAAGCAGGAUGCCAGCACACUCAGGAGCAGAUGUCCUGUGGCCAGCUGCUCCAAGCACUUCUCCUCACGCAGCAGCCUCAAGAGCCACGUGCUGAGACAACACCAGCUCAGCCCCGAUGUUCUGAACCAGAUGGAGACCACACCCACCCUGACCCCAAGCAGUGAGCUCAUAAGCCACACACCAGCAACGGUUGGUGGGCCAGGUGUUGCUGGCAGCGAGCAGCUGACUAACUUGGACCUGAGCUCACUUUUCUCUAAUGUGCCUGUAGCUGCCACGCCCACUGGUAUUGAGGUGGGAAUUCCUAUUGGUGGGACCACCUCCACUGGCACUUUUACCAUGGACCUCUCCCUGGUCAACUCGGGUAUCCUCACGAUUGACCCCUCUACAGUUAGCACAGCUCUUUGCACUUCCACGAGCACUGCAUUGGCCAAAAAUGCCGACCCCCUUAUCCUGGCACCCAGUAUUGAUAUGGCUCCCCACCACAGUCUGGAAGGCACAGUGGGGGAUGUUCUGCCUCCUCAGGGCACCCUCAACUUGGAUGAUGUGCAAAGUGUCACUCCGGAGGCCUUGGGAACGCUUGCGUCUUUGUCCAUGCAGGGUCCCAGUACCCCCAUAGAGCCCACCCUUCAGCACCCACUCAGCUCCUCCAGUGCUCUUAGCGUAGAGGCCUCAGCCUCGCUUGCAGCUGCCCCUAUUUCCGAACUGUUGGCCUCCCCCACCAAGGUGGUGGAGGUGGGUGGCCAGGGAGGGGCUGGGUCUCUGCUGAGUUGUGUGGAAGUACUGGGAGGGCAGGAAGGAGCAAAAGUCCUCACACAGUUUGUGUUCCCUGGAAACACCAAUGGCUUCAAUCUGCAGAAAGACACAGAAAUGACUGCCGUAUCACCCAGCAGCUUCAUGGAUAGUGGCGGCUCAGCAAGGACAGAUUACAGAGCCAUUCAGCUGGCCAAGAAGAAGAAGCUGAUUGCUCCAACUGUCUCCUCUGGUGUGCCUGGAUCAGGUCAGAGAAAAGCAAAAGGAGCCAAAUCUUCCUGCGCUCCAAGUGCUCGUUAUGGCGAAGGAGCUACAGCUGCUAAUGGGGGCCUCACUCUACGAGACCCCGUCACUGGGGCCCAAUAUGUCCAAAUUCAGCUCCUUCAGGAUGACCCAGCCACUGAUGGAGAGCUGGCCUUCCAGCUCAGCUCCCAGCCAUCCACCUCUCACUCCCAGCUCACCGUUGACUUACCUGUCAACAUUUUACAGGAACCCACAGUGGUCAUCGAGGAAAACGUCUCUGACAACUCUCAGUUCACCGGAAGCACAAUCAACCUUCAAGACUUGGAGUGACUGACCUCAACCUCGUCUCUUUCCACCUCAAUGUGCUGUGUUUACAUCACGACAAUGCUGCAAUACCCUUUUUCAUAUGAACACUUAUCAGGAACAUGUGGAAGCAGACUAUAUUGCCAAGAGGUAGGGACAUGGAAUGCCAUGGAUGAAGCACCUUUGGAGAGGCUACAUGGAUAAACACCCCCAGUGUCUACUAAGUACAUUUGUUGUUGCAAUAUGCUAAAAUCAGGCAAAGUUUUUUUUGUUUUUUUUUAAUUGUUGCAUAGUAGGGGUGUCCAACAUUUUCCAUCAAGGGGCCAUACACUGAAAGGGCCAUUUUGAUAUUUUUGAUUUGGGGGAAACAGAAUAAGUUUUAUAUAUAUAUCUAAAGAGAAAACUUUAUAGGUGACAGUAUAGUAUUAUUAUAAGUAUGAAUAUUUCAGCCCUUCUCCUUCUGUCCCUUACGCAUUCUUGUCUGGACACCCCCACUGUGUCCAGACAUACUUGAGGAAUUAAAGCAUUGAUGGCUCGUCUCCAACAUGCUGUUUUAAAUGAAU